AAUGAACGUUAGCUUCUACCCGAAGAGAGAUGAGGGAAUUAAGAGGAUGAAUCAAACGAUAAGUUCUCAGCCAAAUUCUCCACUAUUUUCACCAUCUCUAAGAAGUAAUAAAAUCAGCCCACAAAGUUCUUGGGGACCCCGUAAAUAAAGGCUGUUUAUCAGUCUCCAGAAACAGAGCAAACCUUACUACUAAACUCUCCUCCAGAAACUCUAGUAGAGAUUGCUUUUCCGAUUCAAGCUCUGCUUGGGGAGUAACGAUGCCUCUAACAUCUACUCUAAAUAUAAAAUAAGCACAAAUUGAGCCCUAGAGAAAUUGCUUCUGAUAUCAUCAAGAAAUAUAAUGAGAGAGUAACAAACUACCAUCAGACACAGCAAGCGCCUAAGAAGGUCAUCGUAAACAAAUUUGGCUCUUCAAAGGCUAAUAGCUUCAUAGCCAAAGAGAUAAAGUCUAAAUAAAAAUAUCCCUGAAUGAACCAAGUAUUCUAAUCUUAAGGACUGGUCUAAAAAUCCUAAAUUUGCAAUGUCCAAAGGGCCAAAAUUAAGGUGGAUGUGGCACAUAUUUCAUGAAGCUAAGAAUAAGCCUUCACCUGAUACUUAUGAUCUCAAUGUGAAGAAGAAAACAUCUAAAGGAGUUUUUAUUUCUAAAGAGAACAAGACUUAUAUUGAUGAAAUGAUGUACAGAGCUUAUGCAACCCCUGGUCCUUAUGAGAAGAUAGACAGCCUCAUCCUUAAGAAGUCAGGGUUCAAAGGAGUCAGCUUCAACACGAUCCGAUCGGAUCGGUUUAAGCCGCUUGUUAAAACUCCAGACCCUGGCCCUGGUACUUAUAAGAUUGAGAAGUCCUUAGAACGAGUGGAAGUUCGUCCGAAGGGCUUUAAAAUUUCACCUACUAAGAUCAUCAGAUAUGCCAGUUAUGAAGCAAAGCAAAAGUCGUUUAUUCCUCCUGUUGGUCAUUACAAAGGACUUGACCUUGCUCAUAAGCGAGCAUUCAAACCAAUGAGGAAAGGCCGAAGAUAAUUAAUUCAAUAUUUAAAAUUUCCAAA